AUGGAAGUGAAAGACCAAAGACAAGAACUGGAGGAAUUUAAGGAGGAACAUCAUGACUUAAUAAUUCAAGAAACAAAAGCCAAAAAGCUGCACACCUGCACUCAGUGUGGAAAGAGUUUCACACUGAAAGUAAACCUUAAGAUACACAUGAGAAUUCACACUGGAGAGAAACCGUAUACAUGCACUCAGUGUGGAAAGAGAUUUUCUCAAGCAUCAAAUCUAAAACAACACCUGAAAGUUCAUUCAGAUGAGAAGCCUUAUGUGUGUUUCUGUGCAAAGAGAUUUUCAAGACUGAACAGUUUUAAACGGCACCAGAAAACACACAAUGAAGUGAGAGAUCAUGUGUGUUGUGACUGUGGGAAGAAAUUUACUACAGGUGACAAUCUGAAACUGCACCAAAGAAUUCAUACUGGAGAAAAACCUUACAAGUGCUCAUACUGUGACAAGAGUUUCACUCAUUCUGGAAACCUGAAAGAACACGAGCGACUUCAUACUGGAGAGAAGCCGUACUACUGUACUCAGUGUGAGAAGAGUUUUUCUCAAGCAUCAUCUUUCAGUCAUCAUCUGCGUAUUCAUUCCGGAGAAAAACCAUUUAACUGUGAUCAGUGUGGUAAAGAUUUUCAUGCAUCAUCACAACUAAAAAAACACCUGAAAGUUCAUUCAGAUGAGAAGCCUUAUGUGUGUUCUCUCUGUGGAAAGAGUUUUUCACGACUGAAGAGUUUUAAAGUGCACCAAAAAACACAUAAUGAAGUGAGAGAUCAUGUGUGUUGUGACUGUGGCAAGAGCUUUCUUACACCUGGCCAACUGAAACGGCACCAAAGAAUUCAUACUGGAGAAAAACCUUACAAGUGCUCAUAUUGUGACAAGAGUUUCACUCAGUUGGGAACACUGAAAACACACGAGCGACUUCAUACUGGAGAGAAGCCGUACCAGUGCACUCAGUGUGAGAAGAGUUUUAGACAUUCAUGUAGUUUUCUCAGUCACAUGAAGAAAUAUCAUAAGUCAAGGGUUUGA